ACUGAAAAAAAAAAAAAACCUUAUCCAGAAACUAAACUUCAAAUGACUGUCUGAAGGCGAAAUCCUUCUGUACCAAGAAGAUGUCUCUUCUCUGUUUCAAUUCUCUCGCUCCUCUCUCUCCUCCAAGGCUUCAAGUUUCGUCUUUCGCUUCACCAGUUUUAGGCCUUAAACCCAACACCGUCGAGACAAAGAACAGAGUCUCUCUGAGUGCGUACAGCUUGAGCAUCAGCAAUGGAAGAGCAGCGAUUGUGAAGGCAGCUGCUUCUUCUGGUGUGGACGGAGCAGCUGAGCCCGAGAGCAGUGAGGAACCGCCUAAGACUGUUGACAAACUACCGUUGGAGUCAAAAGAAGCUAAAGAAAAGCUGCUGCUGGAACAGAGGAUGAAGAUGAAGCUGGCCAAGAAGAUUAGGCUAAGGAGGAAACGUCUGGUUCGUAAGCGUAAGUUGAGGAAGAAGGGUCGAUGGCCACCUUCCAAGAUGAAGAAGCUCAAGAAUGUCUAGAGAUGACUCUCUUCCCUGUCUCAACUUUUCUUGUAAUGUUGUUUGUAAACUUUCCGGAAUUUGAAAUGUAGACAUUUGUUUUGGAUUAAAUCUCAAGCUGAGAGAGUUCUUUACUU